AUGUAUCGAUCUGCGGAUGGGUCUUACAAUAACAUAUUCCGCCCGGGUGUUGGGGCUGCUGGGUCGAGCUAUGCAAAGACUGUUCAGCCAAAAUCUGUACAACCGGUCAACCUUCCAGACCCAGGGGUUCUUUUUGAUUCGCUCAUGGCCCGAGAGAGAUUUGAACCACACCCUAGCCAGAUCUCUAGUAUGCUAUUGUAUCUCGCUUCAAUCAUCAUUCAUGACUUAUUCAAAACUGAUCCACGGAACCCAACCAUAUCUAAAACAUCGUCAUAUCUUGAUUUAUCUCCUUUAUAUGGAUCAAAUCAGACAGAGCAAGACAGUGUAAGAACCUUCAAAGAUGGGAAGCUGAAGCCUGACAGCUUUGCCGAAAGACGGGUACAUGGGCUACCCCCCGGCUCUGGGCUCUUACUUGUAAUGUUCAAUCGCUUUCACAACUACGUGGUUCGCAACCUGGCCGCCAUCAAUGAAGGUGGUAGGUUUUCCAAGCCCCAGGAUGGAGAUGCGAAGGCAUUUGCCAAAUAUGACAACGAUCUUUUUCAGACCGGUCGUCUGAUCACCUGUGGAUUAUAUAUCAACUGCAUCCUGAAAGACUAUGUGCGAACAAUCCUUAACAUCAACCGUAUCGAUAGUGAUUGGAGUCUUGAUCCGCGAGCAGAGAAUGCAAAGCCGUUCCUAGGCUCCCCAAUUGCCUCUGCAACAGGAAACCAGGUUUCCGUGGAAUUCAAUCUCAUCUACAGAUGGCAUGCCUGUAUUUCAGAGCGUGAUGUCAAAUGGUCAGAAAAUAUAUUCCGCAAGAUAUUUCCAGGGAGAAACCCUGAAACCAUCCCAAUGGAGGAGUUUCUUCGAAAUCUGGGAAAAUUUAGCUCGAGUCUUCCGGACGACCCUCAAGAGCGGGGAUUGGGACACCUCAGACGCGGACCUGACGGCCUGUUUAACGACGAUGAACUUGUUCAGAUGCUGACUGAGGGAAUCGAGGACUGCGCUGGGGCUUUUGGUGCCAAGGGCGUACCAAAACUCCUACGGCCUGUUGAGAUUCUGGGAAUUAUGCAAGCAAGGUCAUGGAACUUAGCAACCCUCAAUGAAUUUAGGAAACAUUUCCAUCUCAAACCGCACGAGACAUUCGAAGAUAUCAACUCGGACCCAUAUAUUGCUGACCAACUGAGACAUCUUUACGAUCAUCCCGAUAAUGUUGAACUUUACCCUGGUGUCGUUGUCGAGGAGGUAAAAGAAGUGAUGAUUCCAGGAAGCGGGCUCUGCCCCAAUUUCACAAUCUCUCGUGCUAUUCUCUCGGAUGCGGUUGCACUCGUUCGUGGAGACCGCUUCUACACUACUGAUUAUACCCCUAAGGCCCUUACCAACUGGGGCUUGAAUGAAUGCAACUAUGACCUUAAGGUCAACAAGGGACAUGUGUUCCACAAACUUAUCUUCAGGGCUUUCCCUCAGCAUUUCAAACGCAAUUCUGUCUACGCUCAUUUCCCAUUCGUUACCCCCUGGGAAAAUUCGAAAAUCCUCUCUGACUUGGGAAUUGCUCGGAAAUACUCCUGGGACAAGCCUGGAAGGAUGAACCCGCCUGUUAUGAUCAAUUCUCACUCCGCCUGCCGAACUGUCCUUGGAAAUAAGAGGGAUUUCAAAGUUACCUGGGGUGAAACCAUCGAAUACUUGAUGAAGCGAGAUGGCCAUCCAUUUGGUAAAGACUUCAUGCUUUCAGGGGAUCGUCCGGCCAAUUCAGUAUCUAGAAAGAUACUGCAUGACGCCCUCUAUAUUGAUCGUUGGCGUGAAGAAGUUAGAGCUUUCUAUAAGGAUACUACGAUAAAACUUCUCCACAGCAAGGCAUACAAGUUAGGUGGCACUAUCAACCAAGUAGAUAUUGUCCGUGAUGUUAUAAACAUGGCCCACGUUCAUUUCUGCUCCGCGGUGUUCUCUCUGCCCUUGAAGACCGAGGAGAACCCACGAGGCGUCUAUACUGAAAAGGAACUCUAUGACAUCAUGGCACUUGUUUUCAAAUGCAUAUUCUGUGACACUGACCCUGCGAAAAGCUUUGCUCUUCAUGAGGCAGCGCGGGAGAAUUCCCAGACUCUGGGUCGACUUGUGAUGACAAACGUUGAGCUAAUCAAGAGGACGGGGUUUCUGGCACCUCUGAUUGAUCGGAUUGAUAGACAUGACAAUAUUCUCGCCGACUAUGGAAUACACAUGAUCCAGCGGUUGCUGGAUACAGGUCUUCCACCUCAGGAUAUCGUCUGGUCACAUCUCUUGCCUACCGCUGGAGGUAUGGUUGCGAAUCAAGGGCAACUUUCUUCGCAGUGCCUGGAUUACUACCUUUCUAAAGAAGGUUCUGUGCACCUGCCAGAGAUUCGGAAGCUAUCAAAACUUGAUACUCCAGAGGCCGAUGAUAUCCUUCUUCGAUAG